AGGGAACAUAAACAUGAGAAGUGGAACACAGCCGUUCGUUCUGCGCUAAAUCUGCUUUUUCAGACUGAGAAGAAGCAAGCAGGAGGAAUUACUCCAGGAGAAACUACUGACAUACUAUUGUAAAGAUGGAGUUUAAGGAAGAACCCUGCAGAAUAAAAGAUGAAGAUACAGAGAAACAAAUAGACCCGAUGGACGUGACUGAGGAAAAACUGCAUCGAUUUCAAAAACUUCAUUUCGUAAAUGAAGAUGGAGACUCUGUCAUUUCACAGACUGAAAAGGAUUUCCCACAGAAACAACCCAGAAAAUCUGGAGUUAAAGGAUCUUUCACCUGCUCUGAGUGUGGAAAGAGUUACACACGUAAAUCAUUUCUUAAUGGACACAUGAGAAUUCACACUGGAAAGAAUCUGUUCACAUGCUCUCAAUGUGGAAAGAGAUUCAUUCAGAAAGGAGGCCUAAAUGCGCACAUGAGAAUUCACACUGGAGAAAAACCGUUCACAUGCACUCAGUGUGGAAAGAGUUUCACAUAUAAAUCAUUUCUUAACAGACACAUGAAAAUUCACAAUGGAGAGAGGCCUUAUGCAUGCUCUCAGUGUGGAAAGAGUUACAGACAUAACAGGCAUCUAAAUGACCACAUGAGGAUUCACACUGGAAAGAAUCUGUUCACAUGUAUUCAGUGUGGAAAGAGAUUCAUUCAGAAAGGAGGCCUAAUUGCGCACAUGAGAAUUCACACUGGAGAAAAACCGUUCACAUGCACUCAGUGUGGAAAGAGUUUCACUCAGAAAUGCACUCUCAAUGAUCAUCUGCGCUCUCACGCUGGAGUGAGAUCAUUCAGCUGUGAUCGGUGUGAUAAAACAUUUGCUGUGGCAGCAUACUUAAGAAGACACCUUAAAGUUCAUACUUCUGUGAAGCCUCACGUUUGUUCAUUUUGUGAAAAGAGUUUUAAAUAUCUGCGAAAGUUAAAAGAGCACGAAAGUAUUCAUACUGGUGUGAGCCCUUAUAUGUGCUUUGACUGUGGGAAGAUCUUCACUACAUCCAGCAACUUAAAAUCACACCAGAGAGUUCAUAAUGGAGAGAAACCUCACAAGUGCUCACACUGUGGAAAGAGUUUCACUCAGUCAUCAUCUUUGAAAUAUCAUGAGAGAGUUCAUUGUAAGGGUGGUCUGCCUACAGUGGUAAAGGCUGCAGGGUUGCUGAAUGACUAAAUAAAGCAAGAUGGUGGAAAACAAUGCUUUCCUCCAUUGCCUGCCAGUCCUUUUUACCAGGUUUGUAGUAAGAUCUAAUGUAGUAAGACAAUGAUAUUAAAAGACCAAAUUCAGUAUACAACUUAUUGAUUAUGCAUACUUUGUACAGGCAAACAAAUGAACACAGAAUAUUAAUGCAACAGGAUGUUUCUCGUUAAGCGUUUUUUCCACCGAAACCCAUUAUAAAUAUAUAGAAUGCAUCAUCAAAAAGGGUUAAACUGAAUUUGAUCUUUUAAUAUCACUGUUUUAGUACUUUAAGACACUUUAAGGGUGGGCUGCACUAAGGGUCUUUCUGCGUAGUUAAUCUGUGUUUAAAAUUAAGUGGUGCAACACAAAUUGAUUUAAAAUAAAACCCAGAUCAACAAAUCCUUGAUUAGUGUUAAACUUUGCUUAAUCUAAUCCUUACUGGUGCAGCCCACCCUAGUGUUUUUCACGUUAGCUUUUUAAAACAUCGUCCCGCUGUUUUUUAGUGAUUAAAAUCACUGCAGGUGCUGUAUAUGGAUCACAAGUGCCCAAAACUUGCGUCUUGUUCACAUAUUUUUGUUUUUAAGAUGAAAAAUUGACAGGCUUUUGCUGCAGGUACACGGCUGUUUUGCCCUCCAGGGCUCCGCGACAGUCACGUGACUGAAAACUAUCAAUAGGUAGCACUUCAUAGUUAAAGGAUUAGUCCACUUUUAAAUUAAAACUUCCUGAUAAUUUACUCACCGCCAUGUCAUAUAAGAUGUCCAUGUCCUUCUUUCUUCAGUCGAAAAGAAAUUAAGGUUUUUGAUGAAAACAGUCCAGGAUUUUUCUCCUUAUAAUGGACUUCAAUGGUCUCCAGACGGUUGAAGGUAAAAAUGACAGUUUCAGAGCAGCUUUAAAGGGCUUUAAACGAUACCAGACGAGCAUAUAUAAAGCAUAUACAUUUAAUUUUUUUUAGAAAAUGACCGAUCGUUUCUCUAGAUAAGACUCUUAUUCCUCGUCUGGUAUCGUUUAAAGCCCUUUGAAGCUGCACUGAAACUGACAUUUGGACCGUUUGGAGACCACUGAAGUCCACUUUAAGCAGAAAAAUCCUGGAAUGUUUUCAUCAAAAACCUUCAUUUCUUUUCGACUGAAGAAAGAAAUACAUAAACAUCUUGGAUGACAUGGGGGUGAGUAAAUUAUCAGGAAAUUUUAAUGGAAAGUGAACUAAUCCUUUAAUACCGAAUCAAAACUAGUUAGCACAUAAUUUGUAAUUGAAAAUGGUUUAAUGACAAUAUCUGGUUAUGGUUACACUUACAGAACAGAUGUAUGAGAUGAUGAAAACAUAUACCAUUAAUCGUACCCAGCAUAUACAUGUAUGUAGAAUGUCACCUGAGAGAUAUGAAGAGAGGAAGAAAGAGAGACUUUAAAAAUGAGAAAAGAGAAAGAGCCAGAGCAAAGAAGCCCCAGCGAAAUGAAGAGCCAGAGAAUGAAAGGAGACAGAGCAACAGUUAUGACGUUCUUUUAGCCCUUCCUUGACUAUGCGACUGAAACCCUAAUGUGAGACAUUCAAACUGACCAAUCGGAAGAUUAAAACUUCCUCCACUGUACUACAGGUUGUAAGUGGGUUUAGUCAGUGGCUGUUUUUUUUGUUGUUGUUGUUUUUGUUUUUUUUGGCCUAGCCAGCCCAACUCUUAAGACUUUGCUUCAUUUUUGUUCUUGAUGAAACUGAAAGAAAAAACAAACAAACAAACAAACAAAAAAAAAGUGUAAAACAUGUUAUUUUCUAUAAACGUUUUUCAUGUCUGUGAAGCAAGUAUUCACUGAGUUUCGGUUUAUUUUUGUGAAACAUUUCAGAAAGUUGUUCACAGAGAGAGACGACAGAAAGUGUACACAAUUUGUUCUUUUAUUUUACAAAAACGUUUUGUAACAUUUUGUUAUUAUGAGUGUGUACAAAUAAAAGUAGACACUUUA